AUGUCUUCAAAGAUCUGCACACCAUGUCGACAAGCGUUUGCUUCCGAACCAAGACCUCUGGAUCGUGAUUCCACCAUCGCCGGCACUCCCUUCCACGAAGCGCCGUGGAAAGCCUUCCAGACUGGUGCAGACAUAUCCGAGUCCGUGAAAGGUUGCGACUUUUGCUCCUUUGUCGUCGCGUUCGCAGCGGCAGACCAAGCCCUUGGCAGACAUGGGAACGGAUCCUUCGCAGAUUCAGCCGGCAAAACGUCUUGGAGGACACAGGGCGACCCAAUGCUAGCGCUAUGGCAGUAUAACGAAUAUACAUAUGAAGGCCAUCUUUCAGCGGAUCUCGGUCUCAGCAGGAGUAAUCUUCGCCAUAUGGAUAGGCUUGAUAUACGGCUCUUUGGAACUGAAGAUCCUCGUGUGAAAUGCCACAGACCAAUCAAAAAGACGUCAACAAGUACAUCAAGUGAGACUAGUUUUGAAUGCUUGUGCAAGUGGAUCAAGAAUUGUUCGGAGAAUCACAAGUCAUGCAACAAGUUACAUGCCCGCACUGGUGAGAAUAAGAAUUGGCUUCCAGCGCGGCUGGUCAAGAUCAUCCCAGAUACAGAUAGCGUGCCUGAGAUUAUCAAAGUUGUAGAAACCAACACAGACGACGGAAUUCAUCAAAGCAUAGAAUAUGCGACGUUGAGCUACUGUUGGGGAAGGGAACCAUUCACGAAACUACUCAGAUCGAAUAUCGAGAAGAUGACGACUACUGGAAUGUCGAUACAAGACCUGCCAGCAACAUUCCGCGAUGCAAUCACCGUUGCAAAUCGACUUGGUAUGGAGUACAUCUGGAUAGAUGCUCUUUGCAUUAUCCAGCUUGACGCGGAAGACUGGGGCCUGCACUCUGUGACAAUGGCCAAAGUCUACUCAUACUCAGCAAUCACGCUCGCAGCAGCAGCAUCAUCAGAUGCACAUGGAGGACUCUUUCGCCAACGCAAUCCCGCAGGUAUCAAUGGUGUCAAGUUGAAUUUAAAAUGGUCCUCACAGGACCUUGAAGGAGAAUUUCAUCUAGUACCAACGGAUCCCUGGGAGAAAGCAGUCGGAAACUCACCACUGCUGAAACGCGCGUGGGUAUUCCAGGAACGGCUUCUAUCACGAGGAGCCGUCUACUUUGCUCACGAUAUGCUUUGCUGGGAAUGUGGUGAGCUCUACGCUUCGGAACUUUAUCCCACGGGAGGGCCUUGGGAUCUACAGUACCGAUACAAGCGAUUUGACAUUUCUGAUAGGCUUCCCCCUGGCGUACAGUCGGUAGAGGAUUAUAGGUUCAAGCAUGUUUACACGGAACUUCUCACGCGAGAGUUGAAUGCAGAGAAGACAGUCACGGAUGAGGAGAUGUUUCUGUAUGUAUGGGCUUCAGUGGUGACUCAGUACAGCGUCGGGAAGCUGUCGAAAGAAAGUGAUAAGCUCAUCGCUAUUGAUGGUGUAGCUGAGCAGUUGACGACUAUCGUGCCAAGAGAACAGUAUCUUAACGGGCUUUGGAGAAAAGACAGUCUUCCGCUUUCUCUACUAUGGUGCACUCAAACGGAAGACGAGCCCCCCAGCAUCCGCGUCGCACCGAGUUGGUCCUGGGCAUCUGUCUACACGCCCGUUGACUUCAACUUCCUGUUCCGAGCACAGACCGAGCCCAAGGUGGUCACUAAGGUCAUUGAUAUCAUCAUCCCCGACGAUGAGCCAGAAAGCAUCGAGAUGUCGCGUCCAACUGCACUGAUUCUUCAAGGGCCUCUCACAGAAGUGCGCUUUCGAUCUGCUUCACGCAGUGCACUAGGACCCUUACACUCAAACUGGUGGAUGAGCCACAAGACGAUGGAAGAUCGCAUCAAGUUCUUGAACCCAAUUGACUUGGCGCCUAUGCUUGUAUUCAUUGGUAAAGGUUUGAAAGCAGAUUAUCCCUGUGCUAUCUCGCUAGAUAGGGAAGUGCCGAAGAACAGUCGAAUGUUUGCGCUCAAGAUUGCGGAGGCUGAUAUUAGACAUCCUUGGCAGCAGAGAUUACCGUCUGAGUGCGGCUUGUUAUUAAUCGCAGAUCGAGAAAGGGGGACUUUUAGGAGAAUCGGCAUGUUUGAGAUUGCUGCUGAGAAAAUGAAGAGGGAUUGGGCGGACCAGAAGACACCAUUCACGUCGAUAUCUAAGUUGAGGGAAGAAAUCUGGAGGGAUUCAGGGAUAGAAAGGAGAUUUUAUUUGGAGAGAGAUGAGAAAGAUGGAUAUACUAUCAAGAUAGUCUAA